AACAAAUGAUUAAUAAAGUGUUAUAAAAUUUAUAUUUUAAAAUAAAUUGUAUAUAAUUAUAUUAAAAUCGUUAGAUAAUUUAUAUUAUAUUUUAUUUUAUUUUUGACACCGAAAAGAAUCUAUACUAUAUAACCUACUACCAAGGGAGUGAGUUGAAUACUGGGUCAACCGAACCGGGUCUAAGCCGGCCAAGUUUUGUGCAAAACGUACAAAACUCCGGUUUUAGAUAGACCAAACGAAGCAGAAGUCUUCCCGCCAAUUGCACAGAGCGGUUAAGUAACCGUUUCUUAUUAUUUUGAAACGGAGAGAGAACCAAACCCUAGAAAAUAUGCGUGAUCCAGUCACAUUUAUCUGUGUUUCAAAAAGUUUUAAUCUCUGGAAUCUAUGCCGAUCCAAUCCAUUCUCAUCUUCUUCUUCAUCAUCGCCCUCCGAUCUGCUUUGGUUGCUUCUCAGCCGCCGCAAUUCCCGGAAUACCCUUCGAAUCCCCACCUAUUUUCAGUUAAAGGGCAAACUGCUCGUAGGCUUUCCAAACCUCUAAUUCGAGAUGAUGGAAAAAUUUACAGUUGUUCAGAGAGGAACUUGUUUGCGUUUGAAAGUAAUGGUUCCAUUGCUUGGACUGUCAAUCUGAAUUAUAUAUGUAAUGUUGGAAUAGCUCCAAUUCAUGGUGGUUCAAGGAAGAUUUUUUUGGUUGCAGAAAACAAAGUGCUGAGAAUCAAUCCAUUGAAUAUUGGAACUUCUGAAUCUGCUGUAGAAGUUUUCUUUGGUUCAGAGGCGGGGGAUGAGGAGGGUGAAAUUAUUGGGCUCUCUGUAAGCAUGUUGAGUUCAUCUGUGUUUAUCAAUGUUAAAAACAAGGGAAUCUUUGCAUACAGGUUGCAGGGCCAAUUGCUCUGGAUUGCCGGACCUCUGCUCUAUCAAUCUGGUUAUCGCCAAGGUUGCAGGAAAAAUGACAAAGAUUGUUAUUUUACUUCAACACCCGUGAUUGACCAGUGUGAAGCUACCAUAUAUAUCUCAAAUACAGAAGGAGAACUCUAUGCUUUGUUAGUUCGAAGUCCUCGUUUUAAAUGGAUCCAGGAUUUUAGUUCGCUCGACAAGAGUUUUACUAUUACUCCGGGAAACAAUGGUCUCCUGUAUGUUACUGUACCAGUUAGGGCUCUCGUGCUGGCACUAGAUGUUUCUACUGGAACAGUUUUGUGGCAAAGAAGUAUUGGGCCAUUAAGUACGGCAGAUUGUGCACCAGCUGUUGAUUCUAAUGGCUGGAUAUCUAUUGGUUCAUUGGAUGGUUUUCUGUACUCAUUCUCACCAAUUGGGGUUCCCAAAAAAUUCCCGAAAGCAGCUGCACUGGAUUCUGUAGUUCAAGUUAGCCCACUUCUUGAUUGCUCCGGGUAUGCAGUUUAUAUAUCUCAGACAGAAAUGGAAGGAAAAAUCAACCACACAAUUGCGGAAUACACUUACAUCUCAUCCAUGAAACCAAGAAAUGCAGUCUUCACUUUGCUUGUCCCAGCAACUGGGUCCAUCUAUUGGUCCGAAAGCUAUUCUGCAUCAGGUCAAUUUUCAUCCUUAUUGUCAGAGAGUGAUCUGCAACAUUUUGUGCUGGAUGAAAGGAUGCUUCUUGCCUUUAUUACUGCUUCAAAGAUUGACAAUCCACUUCCUUGCCGUAGCACACGUCAGAAGCUUGCAUCCAGCUGCUCCCAUGCCGAGCCCAAUCGUGUCAACAUCCACACAGGAAACGCAAGGGUGGUUGUGUUCCUGCUAUUCGAGUCUGUAAUAUUGAUGGUACUAGUCACAGUUGUACGAUUCUGUUGUUUAUUUUGGAGGAAAAAGAAGCUUCAAGGUCAAGACCUUGGAAAAUUCCUAGAAAAGAGACGUUUGCUUCAGCUCCAAAAGAAAGCAUUUGAUAGGACAAUCACCGAGAUUAAGCAAAAAACAGCAGAGGAAGCAGUGGAAAAUGAAAUGAUAGAAAAACUGGGGGAUUUGGUGAGAGACAAGCAAGACAUAGAGAGGAAACUCUCAACAACCUACAGUUUGGGAAGGGAUAGAACUGGCUCAAAAUCGAAAUCUCUCCUUCCGUUAUACGAUGGCAAAACAAAGAGCUAUUCUUUUCAAGGUUCAAAGAAAGAGAAUGUCACGAUAUUCCACACUCUGAGUGAUACUUCCUCUGCAGAGAGCAGCAGUGAAAAAGAAGUGGAAUUAAAUUUCUACGAAAACAAGGAAUUAGCAGUAAAAGCAAAGACAAAGGCGCCUAUGAAAGUUGACAGUGCCAGUGAUGAUGAGAUUAAGGAGGAAUGUGAGGGGACUCCAUCAGGGUCAGCAUCAGGAUCAAAAGGAUUUAUGAACCCAUUGUUUUUGGAGGAUGCAUUUGUUGAAUCAAAGGAAGUGAAGAGGCACGGUGGAGCUGAGGUGAGGGAAGCCAUGCACAGUGGUAAUAGGAGCAUAAGGAGGAGGACCUUGUCUUCAACUGAUUAGAAAUUGGAAAUUGUGUCAUUUUGUUGAUUGUGUUUUUGUUUUGUUUUGGUUUUUUUUUUUUUUUUUUUUUUUUUUUUUUUUUUUUUUUUUUUUUUUUUUUUUUUGUCUCGAAAAAUACUCUACAUUUCUGUAAUCUUGGUGUAAAUGAAUUUUCAACACAGCUCAGGAAGUAAGUUCACAUGAUUUCAGGUUCAAGAGGUACAUUUUCCGCCAAUAUAUGUAAGGCAAGGUGACCCCCCUAAAUGAAUUGGUAUUGUUGGCACCAUAAAUUUGUAAUUUUAUUAUUUAUUAUUUAUAUAAUUCUAGGGUAUGUGGCACCAUCCUACUCAUUUAGAAGUUAUAAGAAGUUAUAAAAUGUAGAAAGAUGAUGGAGAAUAUGGAGCAUGAAGUUGAUGUUGAA